GUCCUACUCGGGUAGGAAACCUUCCUAACUACCUUCGCGAUUAUCAUUGUUUUCCUAUUUUUACUUCUUUACAUGAGCCUCAAUCAUAUCGAGAGGCCUCUGCUAAUCCUCUUUGGUAACAAGUUACGCAAGAUGAACUACAGGCUCUUCAAAACACUUGCAUGCUUGCUCAUCAAGGGUUUUACACAGGAGUAUGGAAUAAACUAUGAGGAAACAUUUGCUCCAGUUGCUCAUCUCACAUCUGUGCGCAAUUUGCUUGUUAUCAUUGCUAUACGAAGAUGGAAAUUGUUUCAGAUGGAUGUAAGAAAUGUUUUUCUUAAUGGUGACCUAGAAGAAGAAGUUUACAUGAAACCACCUCCUGGGCUCAACCAUCCUCCAAACAAGGUAUGCCGAUUGCGACAUGCAUUAUACAAGUUGAAGCAAUCCCCUCAAGCCUGGUAUGCAAAGUUAGUGCUACUAUGAGUGAGUUUGGUUUUAUUUUGAGUCCACAUGAUACAGCUUUGUUCAUUCAUAAAACUGCUUGGGGUAUGGUUCUUUUACUUCUUUAUGUUGAUGACAUGAUUAUUAUUGGAGAUGAUAUCGCAAGUGUUGAGAAGCUAAAACAAUCUCUUAGUUAGAAAUCUGAGAUGAAAGAUCUUGGUGUUCUAAGCUAUUUUUUGGGGCUUGAAGUCACCUCUUUAGAUGAUGGCUACUUGCUUUCUCAAGUAAAGUAUGCCUCCGAUC